GCGCUUUAAAUCAGGCUAGACAAGCGUUUUAGGGGGUGCGUGUGAUGCUACAACCUCCUUAUAAAGGGACCGUGUCACGCUGUGGCGUGGAAAUUAAAGUGUAAAAGCCGAGGUGUCUGCACAUUGAGUCGCUGCUGUCAUGACGUGGAUGAGCGUGGAGAAGCUGGUGCGCAGGGCCGAGGAGCCUCUGUUCUGGGUCGGAGCCUUCACUGUGGCCUCGCUGGCGCUGUGGCUCCUCUACAGGCUGCUGUCAGGCUUCAGGAUCUGGGUGCUGGGGAACGGACAGCUGUUAUCCCCGCAGCUCGGCAAAUGGGCAGUUGUGACUGGAGCCACAGAUGGAAUUGGGAAAUCGUACGCAGAAGAGCUGGCUCACAGAGGCUUUGAUGUGAUGUUGAUCAGCCGCUCACAGCACAAACUGGAUGAUGUUGCCAAAUCUCUUGAGGAGCGGUACAAAGUGCACACGAAGACCAUUGCAGUCGACUUUGGUCAAGCAGACAUCUACCAUAAAAUUGAGGUUGGGCUGGCUGGUCUGGAGAUUGGCGUUCUUGUUAAUAAUGUGGGUGUGUCCUACCCCUACCCUGAAUACUACCUCCAUAUACCUGAUCUGGACAAUUUCAUCACCAACAUGAUAAACGUCAACAUAACCUCAGUGUGCCAGAUGACUCGUCUGGUGCUGCCCAGAAUGACAGAGAGGUCGAAAGGAGUCAUCCUCAACAUCUCCUCAGCCAGUGGCAUGUAUCCCGUCCCUCUACUCACAGUCUACUCUGCUUCAAAGGCCUUUGUGGAUUUCUUCUCUCGUGGCCUUCAGGAGGAAUACCGACGUCAGGGCAUCAUCAUCCAGAGUGUGCUGCCCUUCUUUGUGGCCACUAAAAUGACUCGUAUCAGGAAGCCCACCCUGGACAAACCCACUCCGGAGCGUUAUGUGGCAGCUGAGCUCACCACUGUGGGUCUGCAGACACAGACCAAUGGCUACUUUCCCCAUGCGGUCAUGGGUUGGGUGACCACCAAGCUGGUGCCAGGCAGCAUCGUCAUCUUCUUGGGAGCCAGAAUGAACCGUCUGCAGCGUACCGGAUACCUGCAGAGGAGGAAGCUGCGGGAGCAGAAGAACGGAGCCAGUUUGAAAAAUGAGUAGGACAGCCGCCGCUGUGAUGUGAGGCGGUGCAGCGCUUCAGGAAGUGGCAGACUGUGCUUGUGUGAUCCUGCAGGACUGCUUCAGAUUUUACAUCUGCAUCUCUGUAAACGUGCACAUCGGUGUCGGACUGCUUAAAAUGCUGACCUCUACUCUGCGAUCUGUCUACGCUGAAAUGAACAAAGGAGGAAGUAGUUGGAAUAUGAAACUAAAACGCUGCUCUUGGCAAAGGAACUCUUAUCACUACAGCAGAAAGUGAUAGUUACUGCUGUUAUAAGCAGUGGAAAAGAGGUGGUGGUUUUUAAAAAAUAUAUAUAUAUAUAAAUAUCUACAGCUGAUUAUUUAUUUUGUCUGAAUACAGGAGCCAAACUGAGAUGUCAAACUCAAUACCAAUGAGCCAUUUAAUACUACUUUUCUUUAUGUGGGUUUAUACACAUCACUCAGAAGCUUCGCAUUGGCUCCUUUGUUUGGAUGUUGAAUUAUUAUUGAUAUUGUCUUUAUGUUUGUGGUGGGAUGUUGCACUGAUGUAUUAUUUGUGAUGAAACCAAAGAUAAGUGCCUUUGUACUUAUCUUAAUGUUUGAAAUAAUCCGGCUCGAGGAGAGGGGAAUUUGGAUUUUAAAAUGUAAAUAGAGAUGGCUGAUCUAUAUUUCUGUGGUGCUGUGCAUUCAGCUGCACACUUGGUCCAUUUAGUGCUGUUUGUUGAAAACCUCAUUUAAUUACUAUAUGAAGCUUUCAGGUAUAAAUAUAAAGUUAAACUGCUGCAUCUUUAGCUCACGGUGGUGGAGAGACUAAAAAUGGAGGUUUUCUACAGCAGCUGUGGUUUCACGUUUACAUGUAGACUGUUGCAGAAAGUUGCCAGAGUGUUUUCUGACUGUUGGAUUAAUGCAGUUGCUGUAGUAGAAUUGUAAGUGACCUAAUGAAGGCCUUUUUUUAAAUGCACCAAUAAUUAAAGUGUAUAUUUCUACAUAAAAUCCACUCUUACCAUUUAUCUUAUAAACGGUUUGUAAUUACAAUGUUUGUUAAUAAAAGUUUUGGAGUACAGGA